AUUGAGGCUAUACAGAAAACUACCCGGUUGUGAUGGAAUUAAUUAAUUAAAACAAAGCUGGAAACGACGGCCCCCGUGACACAACAAAAAAGUUUGGAAUUAGACAGAGGGGAUCUGGGCUUGGCAAUGCCUCAGCCUAGCAUUGGUGAGAUGGAACCUCCUUUUGGGGAUGCCUUUGAAAACCACAUGUUUUCUGAUCAAGUACUGACCAGCACAGACCUGUUGUCCAGCAGUUCCGAUCCAGACUUCAUGUAUGAACUGGACAGAGAAAUGGCUUGCAGGCAAAGUCCUAGAGGUGAUGUCCUAUCAAUUGAGGUAUGCAAGGACAUAGAAGAAGUUCUGGACAGUGACCCGACAUAUAACUCAAACUUUGAACAGUGGGAUACAUACUGGGAAGACUUAACCAAGUACACGAAGCUAGCCAGCUGUGAUAUCUGGGGAACCAAGGAAGUGGAUUUUCUGGGACUGGAUGAUUUUUCUAGUCCUUAUCAAGACGAGGAAGUCAUUGGAAAAACACCGACCUUAGCACAGCUUAACAGUGAGGAUUCCCAGCCUGUUUCAGAUCUGCUUUAUCACCCUGAUCUGCUACCGAGUCAGAAAACAAAUAUGCUUGCAUCUUCCUUAAGUGGGAAGAAAAUGCUGAGCAGGCUGCCGACUUCGUCUGCGUCUUCUGCGAGAAACCCCCUUCCAGAUGAUGCGGAAAGCUUUCAGAAAGCCACCAGGCCUGUACCCUCCAGCACAGAAACCAUCAGCAAAACUCAGAUACAGAGCGCUAAGGUCACAUCUUUUCAUUCUGAUACCAAGGGCUAUGUCAGGAAGGCUAAAGUCAGGAUCAAUACAGCACCACUCCGACCAGCAGCGGAGGCCUCGCAGGCCCAGGCUGGCAUCACCAUUGGCUCUUCAUUUAGCGAGUGCAGAGUGGCAGUGCCUGAAAUGAAAGCUGAAAAGCAGAGCACAGAGAUCGCAGCCACCGCCGCUGCUCCUGAGAAAAGCACACCCCUAGUGGAGACCCAUGAGCUCUUCACCUCUCCUGGUGUGAGUCAGGGACUACUGCCCACCAAUGCCUUGGUGCUGGACCAGUCUCAGAAGAAGGAAGAGCACAACUACUCUCUCUUUGUGACGGACGAGGGCAUGGAGGAGCAGCCCAAACCAGAGAUGGAGGAGGAAGAGGAGGAGGAGGAGGAAGAUGAUCUUGAAGAGCUGGAGCUGGAAGAUGAAGACCAUGACGAAGGGUUUGGGAGCGAGCAUGAGCUCUCAGAGAAUGAGGAGGAAGAGGAAGAGGAUGAGGAGGAAGAGGAAGAGGAGGAUUAUGCAGAUGAUAAAGACGACAUGAGCGAUACCUUCUCUGAACCAGGGUGUGACAAUGACCAAGUGGAAGACCUGAAAGGGGUGCCAGCUGGAUUAUCCAGAAAGAGAGGCAAAAGAAGGUACUUCUGGGAGUACAGUGAGCAGCUGACGCCUUCCAAACAAGAACGCAUGCUGAAGCCUUCAGAAUGGGAUCGAGACACCCUGCCCAGCAACAUGUUCCAGAAGAACGGGCACCUGCACGGGAAGUACACUGUAAAGAAGUCUCGCAGAACCGAUGUGGAAGACCUGACUCCGAACCCCAGAAAGCUUCUUCAGAUUGGGAAUGAGUUGAGAAAGCUAAACAAGGUGAUCAGUGAUCUUACUCCAGUCAGUGAGCUUCCACUAACUGCCCGGCCACGCUCUCGGAAAGAGAAGAACAAACUAGCUUCCAGGGCUUGCCGGCUGAAGAAAAAGGCACAGUAUGAGGCCAAUAAAGUGAAACUCUGGGGCCUCAAUACAGAAUAUGAUAAGCUCCUGUUUGUGAUCAAUGCUGUCAAACAAGAAAUUGUGACCAGAGUGCAGAUUCUGAGAGAGGACAAGGGAACCAGCAUGACUGAGAAACUUGACCGGCUCAUUAAGGAAACUCUUGUGAGCCCUCCUGUAGGUGGGCAGACGUCGGACUUUGUUAACCAGAUCUUGGAGAAGACGGCCAGUGGAGAUCCAACAGGAGGCCUUGUGGGACUCCGCGUGCCGACAUCAAAAGUGUAACCUGUUGCCAUGGGCCAACAAGAGCCCAAGGCAGAGAGAACCAUCCGCGCCAUUAAUGUGAUACUGUAAUCUCAUAAUGUUUUGCAUGUUCAUUUACAUCAAGGAAUACAUCUACAAACGUAAUAUUUAGAACUGUGCAACAAAAAUGCAGGAUCUCUACAUUUACUGUGUUUUCCUCGCCUUCCGUGCAUGUGGCUUGUAAAUGUCACUAGUUACAAAUUAUGAAGUGAAAACAAGAAAAAUUAUACCUGCCAGGGAAAAAGAAACAGCACUUUGGUGGGUAUGCUACAGAACUGAAACCUACAGCAAUUGCUAUCCAAAAUUCUUAGCAGUAUACAUAGUAAAUGCAACAUAGACGGAGCAUAAAAAUUGAAUGUGGUUUAGAUGAGUUGGAGAUUUUGUUGGCCGUUUAGAUUCCAGCCGAGUAGGAAAUGCCAAAAAGUCUACGCCUAGUUUAACAUCAGCCUUGUACUCUGAGUUACGUAGUAUGAGUUUGGCAAUGGAAGGUUCCAUUAUUCCCUUUUAGCAUGUUUGGGGGCUGACAAAAGGGAAGGAGGUUAAGGAGAUGAUGGAACAUAAAACUACCAUAACAAAGUGGUUAAGAUAAUAGUUCACAUAUUAGUGCUUGAAUAAAUGAACAAGAUGUUAAUUUUCUUCCAUACACUUUGGUUGAAAUCACGACAUUUGGACUUCGUAGACUUUGCUAGUAUAGUGUAUAAAGUUUUAAAUUCUUGAGCUUAAUAUAUAACUUCAUGUGUAUGUACAAAGUAAUACUCAUUGUGCCUUGUAUUUAAUACAGAAGUUUAAGAAAAGUGCUUUUUACAAAAGAAGAAAGUCUGGAUGAUGUAUAGUACAGAUGGAUAAUUUGUGGAUUUGUAAUGUAUUUUAGCUCUUUAAACUAUUUUGAAUGUACAUAGGAAUAUUUGGAAAUGUAGAUAUAUGCCACAGAGUCUGUGUAUUGUAUCAUAAGAUGGCUCUGAAAAUAACUUUUGGUUUUUGGUACUUUACCAUGAAAAAACUAUUUGCACACUAUAUUUUGAUUGUUUGUUUUUUGUACCAAAGACGAAUGCAACAAAAAUGGCAAAUAGCCAGUUUAAGUAAGGUUUUGCACAGCUUAUCUGAUACCGUAUUGAAUGUAGAAAACGUGGUAGGGUCAGGGGUAUUCAUUGAACUGUGAAUUCAUUGCUUGGGUCCAAUUCUCUACAGGAGCAUUCACACAUACUUUGUAUAGGGUUGCUGUUCCUGUUGUUGGCUUGUGAAGUAGACAAGUUUGUUAGGAAAAGAGUUUGGAAUUUUUUUUUCCUUUAUAAAUUACAUAAAUGCGGUAUAUAUUGUACUGACUUUUUAUAAAGAAAAGAAUAGGAUAGAAGAACAUGGAGCUUUCAAUGUACCUUUUAUUUAGCUUGUAAAAUAUUACCAGAAAUAGCACUUGACGGAUUAUUGCGCAUGAUACAUUUCUAAAAAUCUACUUCAGACUGUUAAAAAAAAAAGAGAAAAAGUUUAAAAAAGAAAAAAAAAUUAACUUUAUAUAUUUUUGUACAAGUAGCCAAUAUCUUUUUGUUGAGUAGCAAAUUAUUCCAUUUGAAAAAUAUUUAACUACAAAAAAAAAACAAAAAAAAACUUUUGCUUUGUGUUUGCACUGUAUAAUAUCUGAGGUUAUCUCUGUGUUUUUAGUGCUGAAAUCAGUAGGAUGCUUUAUUUAUUUUUUUUAAGAGGGAGUCAUGGAAAUAAUGUAAGGUCAGUGUGUUUCUGGUUUCUUUGGGCUUUCUUAAAUAUCUGAAGACAGGUUUGCCAUCAAAGAGAGUGGAAAGGUAAAUGUCAGGUUGGAUUUGUAAUGUCUGGGAUGGAGAGCUUUGUCUGUAGAAGACCGAAUAAAAGCGCUAGUAAAGUAUUAGUAAACUAGUAAUUACAUCUUUAAGGCCUGUAGCCAUAAACUGAGGUAGAAAUAUAAUAAUCCAGAACUUAGACGUUCAUAGCAGUUAGAACAUGUGGCUUGCAGUUAACCUUAACACAGUACUGUGUAAGUCAAUCAUAUACAAGAUUAUUAACAAAAUACCAUUAAUAUCCAAAAUACCAUUAAUGUCCGUUAUUAUUUAGCCCAGUUUUGUAGUAUGAUAUUUUCAAUGUAUGGGAUCCCAUUUUCAGAGACAUAUUUCAUGUUCAAAAGGCAGAGCGGUAUAGCCCAGAUAAAGACGGUAGAUUGAGAGAUAGUGAAAAUUACUUUAGUCCGAGCAGUGUGGCAAAUUCAUUUCAGUUGAUCAGCCAAUCAAUUGUUUUUGUUUUUCACACAUCUUAGUUUUUUUUUUUAAACAUUAUUGUCAAAAUGACAAUCAUAACAGGCAAAAUGCAGGAUAACGUCUGUUCAGAGACACUGCUAGGUUUAAAUUGUAACAGAGUAUUGGCUCAAUAGCUGUACUUUUAGCUUAUUUAAGUAGAUCAGUGUAAUGUAAAGUUAUUUUUCUAUUAAAUGUCACACUGAAAUACCAUUUUAUUUACCAUAAGGUGGAGCAUGUUCUCUUGAAAUAAGUCUGUUUAGUGAUUUCAUUAAAACCCACUUCUUAACUUGCUUCAUGCUAUCCUUGUUUCCAUGGGCCAAAAAGUCCCAAACUCAAGUCGGCCAAUUGUGGAUCAGGUCUCAAAUCAUCCAGUUAUUUUGAAUUUAUGUAUUUGUUUUCAGAUCUAUAUCUGAUUGAUUGAAACCUAAAUGCUUUUGAGCAGGUCCCAGGAAACAAGCAAUUGAAGAAAAAAUAAAUAUAACAUGCCUGAUAAGAGCAGGUUGACAGAGUUGACCUCUUUCUGAAGACAUUUUAAUGAUAGUAUUGUCAGAAUCUACAACAUGCUGUAUUUCUGGAACUGUGUGCUUUUCAGUAAAUUUAGCUUGUAAUUUAACACUAUACUAAUUUAAAUGACCCUGCUAAUAGAUACCAAAUGUAUUCUAUAAACUUUUACUGUACCAAUUUACCAAUUAGCUUACGAGUAAUCAUUCAGUUAACAUGUCCAUGUUUAUUUAAUGUUAGAGGUAUUUUAAGAUUGGCAUUUUACAGAAACCAGAAUUGAUUUAAAGUGUAGGUUUUUUUUUUCUUUUAUUUGUAAGUGUAAUGCAAAUAGUUUAUGCCGUCCUGAAUGCAGUGUUUCACAUUGUAAAUAAAAUAAGCUGAAAUGUAUCUUUUAAAUGUUGAGUUUAUAUUACAUUGAUAGAUAUAUUAGAAAAAAAAGCACUUUGUUUAAAAAAGAAAAAAGAAUAGAAUUUUGUAUAUUCCUGCCAUUUGCUGCUAAACCUGGGCUCAUCAGAAUGCUGCAGCGAUGGAGACAAAUCUAGAAGCGGGCAGCCGAGCCUCGAUUUUCUGGGUUCUAAAGUUAUAUCUUCAGUUGUCUUCAGUAGUUUUCCUAUGGAAACUGGAUGCUGCUUUGGGUGUACUUCAGGCUGAUAUACAGUGUAGACGUGUCAGUUCUGGAUGUUUCCAGAUGUUUUUUUCUUUCUCGUUUAUUUCUUGUAUAGGAAAAAACGUGUCCAGGCGUAUUCACGGAAGCUUUAUCUUGUGAAUGGUGAAAUAAAAACUGUACUGUACUGUAAAAGAGGUUUGCAGUGGGGAAACCAAUCAGAAACAAACUCCCAAUACCGUGCCAACCUCCUAGCCUUUCGCAAGUAAAAGUUCAAAUGAAACUAUAUAUUGCUUUGGCAAAUUAUGCUGGCUUCUAAGGUACUGAGUUAAGACACGGUGGCCGGUUAAAAUGCUAAAUCAAUUAAAUAGUUGUGUCUUAUUAAUGAUGAAGAAAUCAUCAGGCAUAUGUCAAACAUAGCUGCCAUGGGCUGUGUACAGCAUUAUAUUUAUUGCUGUCACCCCAGCACUAGUAAAGUGUUAUUGCGGGUUUUUACUUUUAACAAGACGAACGCAAGCUGUGCAGCUUUACAUUUUACCAGGGGACUCUGUGGCAUUUAAACAGUCUAGAAAUGGUUGUACUUCCAUACCAGUAACUUUUUUUUUUCUGCUUCCUCUAUUGACAUUGAGACAAGACAUAUACAUUUAUGUUUAGUUUUUUCAAAAUAAAAAGUAUCCUUAAUUGAUAAAAACCGGAGAUGUGUAUGUGUUCUAAGUGAUUUAUUUUUGGCUUGCUUUCAUGUUUCAGUUUGUAGUGUUGCGACAACAAUGCUGACAGUAUACACAACUACUGUUGAUAGUGCACUAUGCAGACCUUACUCUUGUGAGUAAGGCUGUACAUUGCUUUAGAAAUCAACUCUCCAAAUAAAAUUGAAAAAAGGCAAGAGCUGUUUCCUGUUUGCUUCACAGACUUGAAAUUCCUCUGCAUGUUACUACAUUCAAAUCUGUUUAUAUUGACCACUGGAGUGAGUAUGGACAGGUCUUUUAUGAACAGGUGGUCUGUAAUACAAGUGUGACUGUACUACAUUUUGGUAAAUUCAAAAGAUAAUGUAUCAAAUAAAACAACUGAUGAUAAAUUGACAAUGGCAAUAUCAUCAUAAAUGUUUGCAGAUGUGUUGAUUCUUUAUGGUGGAAUGCUGUAAUGUUUAGGAUGAUCAGCGAAUUGGCUUACACUGAGAGGUGGAUUCAUUUAAAAAAACAGAUCACCUGCUUUAUUUCCCUGUCUGCUGAACUUCCAGGUGUAGGAGGACAUGUCCUGAACACACCCUCACAGCUAUAUAUAUUGUAUUUGUUUUAAUUGAAUCCACCCUUUUUUCUUGGUCAUUAAGAAAUACAAAUACAUAACAACCAGAACAAACCCACAAAUGAAAAAGUGCCUGCUUUAUCAGGUGCCUUACUUCUAAAAUGAAAAUUGAAUCUAUAUGCUUAAGAAGAUUAUUAUUAUUGUUAUUAUUAUUAUUAUUAUUAUUAUUAUGUGCAAGAUUAUUUAUCCCAUCAGGCCAAGGUUUCUGACUGUUUUUACAUUUAAUUACAUUUAAAUCAAUGAGGUGGCUCUCAUUUGAAAUAAACAGUGGUUCAGACACAAUUUUCCUUGAAAGGUGAAUGCUGUCUACCAUCAACGAAUCUUGAAAAAAGACUGUGCCAGAUUCACUAAGCAUUUGCUACAGGAAAAGGUGUGCAACAUCUUUAUUUUUUUACAUUUUAUCCCAAAUUCUCAGAUGUUUUAAAAUAUGUUAUUCUUUAAUAUUAUCAAAAACUACAAGAUAUUCCAUCUAAUUUUGUAACCUAGUUGGUCCUUUUACAUGCAUUUAAAUCUAGUGCAAACUUUGCCCUGGGGUAUUUGCUUUGUGAAUGUGUGGUUUACUAAUCAGUGAGACUAUCCAAAGAAUGUUGCGAUCUUCAUUCAAAAUAAUUUAAACUUGUUUCUCAUUAAAGAUCUCUGUAUGUUCUGUGGUUAACUUAUUCUUUGCUAUACACCGAUAUUUUGUAUUUCUUUUGUAGUUAUGGUCUAAAUCUGUAAUUUAUUGCACAAGUCUGAAUUUUGAUGAAUACUUGCCUUCACUGCUGCUUUUUUUUUGGCCAUACAGUUUUCCCAAUUUUUAUGUUGUUUUUACUAAUUUUUUAUUGUACUUUAUAACAUCAAAGACGUGUGUGUAUGAAAAGGAAGGAGGACCAUAGCUGGGUUAACCAAUCAUAUUCAAAUGAUUUUGUGCCCGGAUGCUAUCGCUGAGUGUAUCCUCAUGGAAGGAACAAUAUUAAAUGUCACCUUUUGUGUCGCAUUAAAUAACCAGUCGAUGUGCCUCUCAAUUUCAUACAUGACUAUUCCAUAAACUAUCUGGCAGUUGGCUUUAAGCUGUUCUUUUCAGUGAACAAGCACACACAUCUCUAAGAGACACCGAAUGAUUUGCAGUUCUAAGAUGUCAAACAUUUGACAGUGCAUCAAUAAAGCAAAAUGAUACUUGCUUUGCUCUAGAUCUGGUCUAUUGUGCUAAAUUUGCUACAGCUCCUAUUUUCAGAGCUUCUGAUUUUUUUUAUAUGAUGUUGAAACAGUAAAUUUAAACCAUGUUUGCUCAGAUUAUAGCAAAUAUAGAUUAUAUAUGGUGUAGCAUAGGGUUUACUUCAAGUCUGAUCCCUGCAUCCAGGGGCUACCUUUGAGAUAAAUAAACCUACGAGCAAAUAAUACAUAUUUAGUUCCCUGCAAUGAAUUAAACUUCCUUCAGAAUUUAAAAAAAGAAUAAAAGUGUUGAUUUUAAAAAAUAACAUUAAUUCUACACAUUCACUGCAAAUAAUUAUGAAAGGUCUAACCCCUUUUAACUAUUUAGAUGACUAGCAUGGGGCUUGUAACUAAGUAGUUCUUUUGUGUGUACUCCCCAGGUGUAACAUUGUAUUUCAUUGCUAAAGGCUCUGUUCUAGUUCUUUGGUGACAUGUUAAGCAAAUCUGCAGUUGUAUAUCCUGCUGAACCUAACAAUAAUGGUCAUAUUAGUCGUGUCUAUAUAUGUAGCUCACAUAUAUGCCUGUUGAGCACGAUCUAUAAACAGUUAUUACAUUUAUGUUGGUUAAAUAUUGUGCUGUUUUUUUAAAUAUAAUUGUGUGUUUGUAUGAGGCACAAUAAAAAAAAGAAAAUCACUGGAAUAAAAAAAUGUGUUUGUCUUCAAAAGAAAUGGGCUGAAAUUAGAACGAGAUCUUAAUCCGUUUAGAUCUGUUGUUAAUUGUGCCUCCUCUUCUUUUUUUAGUUUUAUUUUAUUUGUUUCACAGCAUUGUAUCGGUCCGAAGCUGAUACUACAGUUGCUUAUAACCAUAAUAGUCUGAUUCCAUCAUUGUUUUUAAUAUUUAAAAAUAAAUAAAUGUUAGAAACAG